AUGCAAAUAUGCAGUUCUAAAGUUAAUGGAUUUGAAGAAAAUAUACAAUCUAUUUCAUCAUAUGAGGGGUCUAACUUGCCAAUAAAUGUUCCAGACAUUGAUUACAACAAGUCGAAAAUUUCAGUGAUCCAGUCACAUACAGAAGAGUCAUGGAUUCAAAAUCAGCCACUAACUGCAAAAAUCAAUCAGAAAAGCUUAGCUGACGAACUUUUUGAAAUGGAAGCUGAUCAAGAUGUUCACUCUAUUUUACUUACAUAUGGUACUGAGCAUAUUAAUAGUUGUGCACAUUAUCGAAAAAUGUUUACGUUCGAAAAUAAAACAGUAGAAGAAUUCCUAAGGGAUCUGUCGAUUCGUCUUCAUACCUUCAAACUAAAAUUGAGAUGCAAAAGAAACAUGUUACAACAACACGGUUACUACUUACUGGAUUAUGAACAAAUACACGAAGGAAAACGGUACUGGUCUGCAGAAGACGUAAAUGAUUUCAAAUGUGAAUCAGAGACAUAUUUCGGCUUAAUCAUUAAACAAUGCGCGGAAAUUUCAGUGUUAACAGGGAUGCAUUUUCAAAAAGCACCAACAUUUUGGACCAAUGUACCAUCCAAUGUCGGAGAGCGAUUUCUAACGACAUUCAUCAAUCAAUCUACUUCGGAAACGAGAUCAUGUUCAACACAUGAUGCAUUUUUCUCAGGAUGGUUUGGAAAGAAAGGAAAAGAUACUACUAAUGGGACCGUGAAACAUGAAAAGAAAGGUAUCGAUGAUUGGUCUUUGGUUCCAGUGAUUACCGGAAGAAGUCAGUUAACUAGAAUCAACGACAUUAAUGCUAAUCAAGAAAAUGAAGCUCCAAUAAAUAACAAAUUGCUGGAAACAGUUCCUGCCCCAAUAGAACAACUUACAUAUAUAUUAGAUGCUGAUCAUAAAACUUUACUGUGUGGUAUAAAUAUGAGGCAACUGAAGAAAACUCAUAUAGAAUUUCCACUAAGUCGAGAAAUUCUAAAACUUAGAGAAAUAUCUGCUACACAAAUAUUUCUACCCAUUGGAGAACUCACUCAGUAUCGAGACCCAAAGCCUAUGAGAAGGAGCCUAGGAAAUAUUCACGAAAAAACGUUCAGUGAUACAAACGACGGCAGUAGGUACUUUUUUAAAGAAAGUAAUUCGCAAAACGAAACGAAAUCGGUAUCACAAUAUUCAUAUAUGGAGAUGAAUUUGAAAUUUCGGGACCCAUUUGACCAGAAAUCUAAAAGAGGCACUCAAAUGCUUCUCAAUAUACCGAAUUUGGAAAUAGCUAAGUGCCUCCAACUCUCAUAUUGUAAUAAUGUAAUUAAGAGAGUGAUAGGCCAUACAAAAUACAGAUUACCCGAUAUGCCGUGUCUGACAACUGACCGCAAAUUAAAUAAUCUUAUUACAUUAUUACUCUCUUGUAUUAUCUGUUAUUUUACGUUGCCUAUGAUUAUGCAUGAAAUUAGUCGAUUUUCUGACGGUUUUAUGUAUGACAGCUCUACUCUAAAAUUUUAUUCAUACAUCAGGCAUAUAGUAAAAAACGCAACUGAAACAUAUUCAGUUUUGUGUUCCAAACUUUUUGACAUCAGUAUUCAAUAUUCAGACGGUUGUCCUCCUAUAUAA